AUGGAGCCGGUGACCGUAUCGUUAAAGGAGUUGACCAAGGGGGUCCGUGAUGAGGUAUUGGACCAGGCGUUUGGGCCAGAUUCCUUGGGGAUCAUUGUGAUUAAAGAUUUACCCAAAGAAUUUGAAAAAUUGAGACUUGAGGUAUUACAACUGGCUUCGAUAUUAGCAAAUCUACCAGAGGAUGAACUAAAGCAGUUGGAAUCAGAAGAGUCGAUGUGGCUAACUGGGUGGUCAUGCGGGAAGGAGAUCUUGAGCCAACUGGGGAAGCCCGAUUAUAACAAAGGGUCUUAUUAUAUUAACUGUGCAUUCCAUAAGGACUCUGAACUAGAAGGAGCAUCGGCAGAAACCAAGUCCAAAUUUGAAAACUUCAAAACGUAUACUACUUGGAAUAUCUGGCCAGAUGGCAAGUUGAAAGGAUUGGAAGAAUUCGAGGUCAAGUGUAAGCAAUUAUGCAAUAUGAUCAUCGAUAUUGCCGAAGAAGUUGCAAAUAAUUGUGAUGGGUACAUUGCCAAAAACGUUGGAGUAACAAAUUACCAGGCUGGGUUUUUGAAGAGAAUAGUGAAGAAUUCCACCUCUACCAAGGCAAGAUUAUUACACUAUUAUCCUAAGAACGAGGAGCUGGAUGGUAAUGACGAUGAUUGGUGUGGAACCCAUGUUGAUCAUUCGUGUAUCACCGGACUUACCUCUGCCCUUUUCCUCGAUGAGUCCAAAGGAUUAACUCACAAUUUAAGCGGGAGUCCUGAUGCUGAAGCUGGUCUUUACAUUCGUAAUAGACACGAUGAAAUCGUUAAAAUUAACAUUCCCAGUGACUGUUUAGCCUUUCAAACCGGAUCAGCACUACAAGAAAUAUCCAGAGGGAAAUUCAAAGCAGUCCCCCAUUACGUCAAAGGAACUAAAUUAUCAUCAAUUGCAAGAAAUACUUUGGCAGUAUUCUGCCAACCAGAUUUGGACGAACCAGUCAACGACAACGAGAACUUUGCUCAAUUUGCAGAAAGAAUCGUCAUGGGUAACCAUUAA